CGGGAUAACACAGCAGUAGUGGCUACGCAUCCGGCAAUUGAUUUGAAUACUCAUUGCCCCUCAGUCAACUGAUUGCGGAACAGAGCCGCCUAUUGCCCCGCUCAUCUCACCGGCAUCGCGUCAGCGUCCUUCUGUUUACUGAACCAACCUGCCAAAAGGCUACUCGUGGGAUCAUAUUGAUAAAUUAAUCAAACAGGUUAUCUGACCGGAGGAACAAGCUAAAACUCAACAUCCCUCUCUGCAGAAAUCCAGCAAUCCAUCUUUGUCUAUCCACAUAUCUAUUCCGUAUACUGCAUCACGAGGUUUCAAGUCAUAAGAAGUAUCCUUGGAAUCUGAAAAUGGGCUCAAAUCCUCAUAGCUUUGACUACGCUUCGCUCAAGCAGCUACUCAAGGAUACAAAUGCCGAGGUUCUGCUUCCCGGUGACGGCCCGGCGUACGAGAAAAGCAUCGAAAGAUGGAGUGAACAUUGCAUCAAGAGGGCUGCAGCUGUCGUACUAGUCACCUCACCCAACGACAUCUCCGCAGCCCUCGCCCAGAUCCGCCAACACGGCAUCCCCUUCACCGUCCGAGGCGGCGGACACUCUACUUCCGGCGCCGCUUCGAUCGAAGACGGAAUCGUGAUUGAUCUCUCCAAGAUGCGCAAAGUGACUGUAGACCCUCAAGCCAAGACUGUCACGGCUGAGGGAGGAGCCAUCUGGGAAGAUGUCGAUGUCGAGGCUGCAAAGUACGGUCUCGCGACUGUCGGAGGUACUGUUAAUCAUACUGGUGUGGGGGGCCUGACGCUUGGUGGUGGAUAUGGGUAUCUUACUGGAAAGUAUGGGUUGACGAUUGACAACCUUCUCUCCGUUGACAUCGUCCUAGCGUCCGGAGAACAACUCACUGCAUCCGCGACCUCAAACGAAGAUCUCUUCUGGGCCGUACGCGGCGCAGGUCAGAAUUUCGGAGUAACAACCGCAUUCACCUUUCAAGCCUACGACCAAAAGAAUGAAAUCUUCGCCGGACCCCUGAUAUUCCUCCCAGACAAGAUCCCGCAGCUUGUCGCAUUCGCAAACAAAUUCCACGAAACGAACGAUGGGAAUCAGGCCAUGAUGAUGGGGUUUUCAGCGCCUCCACCUGCAAAUGCUCCUGUUGCUCUCUGCCAGCUCUUCUACAAUGGUCCGCAAGACGAGGCAAAAGCGUUUUUCGCCGACCUUUUUACGCUCGGUCCCAUCGCAGACAUGACAUCCAUGAUUCCCUACAAAAAGCUAAACAGCCUGCUCAACCCCACUGCAGGCUUCGACGGACGCAAACAAUUUGGCGGUGGCGCUUUCAAACUUCCUUUGGACCCGGAUUUCGUUUUGCAGCUGCAUACGGAAUUUAACACAUUUGUCGCAUCGCACGAGAGAAUGAAUGAAAGUCUGAUGAUGUUCGAGAUUAUUCCUUACAAGAAGGUGAUAGCGGUGCCGAAUGAUCAGAUGUCGUUUUCGAAUCGGGGAGAUUAUUAUAAUGUUGCGACGGUUUUCAAGUGGUUCGACCCAACACUCGAUACUGAAAUCCGUACAUUCUCUCGUAGUCUCCUGACGAAGGCUUCCGAAACUGCUGCGGAUCGUUCAAAAGACGGGGGAGUCGGCCAGUAUGGCAACUAUGCAAAUGCCGAUGUGGAAGCGAACGAAAUCUUUGGCGAGAAUGUGAAACGACUUGAAGGAUUGAAACACAAAUACGACCCAGAUAAUCUGUUCAGCCAUGGAACAAGAUUGACGCCGCGACCUUUGGUAGUCGUGAACUAAAAUCCCGUUACACAUAUCAGCCCUGACUACACCGAAUCCUUCUUGCAGGGAAGCAUGCUAAACUAUCUGCAUUCAACCUGAAGGAAUCUACAUUAGACAUUAAGCACUUUUCAUACUAUAAACUCAGUGCCUCAAAAAGAUGUGACUUUGGAAAUGUCAAUCGCAGCCGUAAUGUGAGGGUUCGAGAUUGGCUGCGUGUGCAUUAAGGCUUCAUGACAGCCCCGGUGGGUUGAAACGAUAUUUCGCCCUAGCAACGAUCAAAUCAAUCAACAUGGAGGCUCAGGGUUUUUUGUUGACCUCAGAUUGGCUCGAUCUUGACUUCCUUGGCUUCGUGUAUGUUUGAGACGGUUUUAAGUUGGAGUUCAGCUGCACCUGGAGACUAAAUAGCAAUGUCCAAUCUAGUACCUGAUUACAUC